AUGCAUAUUAAUGCAAGUGAUGCUUUGGACAAGUUGAGAUUUUUGAGUGUGACUGAGCCCUCGCUGCUUGGAGAUGCUGUUGAGCUGCAGAUACGCAUCAAACCCGACCCAGAGAAUGGGACUAUCACUAUAACGGAUGCUAUUGGGAUGACGAAGGAGGAACUCAUUGACUGCCUUGGUACCAUUGCUCAGAGUGGUACUUCAAAAUUCUUGACGGCUCUGAAGGAAAAUAAGGAUCUUGGUGCAGACAACGGUUUGAUUGGUCAAUUUGGUGUUGGGUUCUAUUCUGCUUUUCUUGUUGCUGACAAGGUAGUUGUUUCUACAAAAAGCCCAAAAUCAGACAAGCAAUACGUCUGGGAAUCAGCUGCUGAGAGUAGCUCUUAUGUGAUUAGGGUAGAAACUGAUCCAGAAAAUAUCAUUAGCCGUGGGACGCAGAUCAAACUAUAUUUAAGGCCGGAUGACAAGUAUGACUGUCAGACCGCCAUGAACAAGCUUGCUCAGGAGGUCAAUAACAUGCAAGGUCAUCCUCCUGGGUUUCCUUGCAAGGACGUUGCUGCGUCACUCCAUAAGGACCCUCCUCCUGAGGCUGAAACCAGCAAGAGGGCCGCCACUCGCCCGCGCACCGCUCCUCAUGUUCCUUGGGAAGCUCUUGACUCAACCAGUAGUGACUCAACUAGUAGUGACUCGCAGGGCAGUGAAGAGGUCGAUGAUCAAGUGGAACAGGCAACUCAACCUCUGAAGCCUCCACCUCAUCAUCAACUGUCUACAUAUAAGGAUCCUGUCCCUACACAAAACCCUAUCACGAUAUCAAUGGAUCGUCUAAUCCCUGCUUACAGGUGUCCUACCACUUUAGAAUACAAUCAAGAUAAGGUCUAG